AAAGAGUUGUAAACACAAUGAUACAUAGUGUUUAAUACUAAAGUAUGGUUCAGAAACGCUAUUGUAUUAUUUACUAUAAAUUACUGUACUAUUUUCUCAUGUGCGUAUCUACGGAGAUGGAGGACGGAGUGAACUAAUGACUAAGCAGACCAAUUAACAUUUGAGUCACUUCGCAUCAUUAAUUCCUCAUCCUAAUGAGGGCCUCAUAGAGAGAGCAAGACACAGAAACAGCGUCUUCUCCAAAUUGCAAGUGACACCUGAAGGCCCACUAGUGCACAAUGCGAUCAUCACCCUUCGAUAAUGAACACCCUAACAGUUCAUUAGCCCCCCCACACUUAAUUAAUAACACUUUCUCCCGUCAAACACGAAGAUAGUCCUGUUCCAACUGAUCCACUUUACCCAAUGUAGCCUAUUAUUGGAAAUGAGACAGAAUUGAUAAGGCUUCUGCUGAAGAAGUAACACCUUUGGGUUGACCUUAUCAAACGCCUUUCCUACUGAGUCCCGGAUCAACAAAAUGUCUCCUCAGCCUUUGCCCUUCUACACCCACACAGCGACACGACCACCUCCAUUGCCUCCAUUUUCGCCAGUCGACCCCAGGAUGCCAAAUUUGGUGCUUAUAAAAGCCUGUAAUGCCCACAUCACUUCAAACGCCAGUGUUUUGCAGAGCUGAAAGGAUGUUCUCCAGGUUACAGGUGGUGGUUGUGACUCUGUGGGUCUCUUUGCUGCUGUGCAGAGUCAGUUCAGCACCCAGAGGAGACCUGCUGUUCCAGCUGUUACGCUCACAAGUGGACCCCAAGGAGAAUGAGCUUCAGGAUCUCUCUCGUCUCCUCCUCCUGAAGCAGCUCUCUGAAUCGGUGACUCCUGAAGAGAAAGAUGCUCUUGACAGCAUUGAUGAACUGGACGUUCGUAAUGAAGUGGUUCGCCAGAUUCCAGUCUCCCAGCGAGAGCGGAAAGCAGGCUGCCGAAAUUUCUACUGGAAGACCUUCACGUCCUGUUAAUUCAACAUCUGAAUAGGAUAGAUCACCCAAAAAUUUAAAUUUACUCACCAUCACCUCAAAUGAAGUUUCUGCUGAACACAAAAAGUAGAUAUUUUUAAGCAAGUUGGAAAGCGGUAACCAUUGACUUCCAUCUUCUUUGAAAGUCAACAGUUACCCAUUUCCAACAUUUUCCAAAUAUCUUCUCUUGUGUCCAACAGAAGAAAGAAACUCAAAUAGGUUUGAAUGAGAAAAUAAUGACAGAAUUUUCAUUUUUGACAAUUGCUUUAAUCGUUCAACAAGAAUAUCUGUAUUGGCAUUAAUAUUAGAGCAGUGUUUCUUAACCACGUUCCUGGAGGACCACCAUCACUGCACAUUUUCCAGGUCUCCUUAACCAAAAACACCUGACUCAGAUCAUCAGCUUAUUAGCAGAAACUGAAA